AUGCACUCUACCGGACUACUAACCUCUUGCCUCUUAGCCGGCUCCGCCGCCGCCAUUGGCGUACCAGCUGCUACAGCUGAGAUUCCAAUCGACUGGCAUCGUAGAAGAAGCCAGCUCGCCGAACCAGUCUCAGCAUCCUGCGUACAAGCCUGUACCCAGCUCUCCGCCACAUUCCCCCCUUCCCGCUUCCACUACCCAGAGAACGACACAACCUUUGCAAUCUGGGACGCCAAACAGCAAGAAGUCCGCCCAGCAUGCCGCGUCGAACCCAUCACCGCAUCCGACGUCUCCCUCAUCCUCAAGACCCUCGUCGAUAGUUGGUGCCACUUUGCCGUCAAAGGUGGCGGCCACUCGCGGAACGCGGGCGACUCCAAUUCCAUCGCCGGCGUCACUAUCGACCUCGACCGCAUGAACUCGGUUGAAGUUGUCGGCAACGGCACCGAGACGCCCACACGUGCUAGGAUUGGUGGUGGCGCGACGGUAAUCCAGGUCUACCAAGCUCUCGAGGAGAGGAAGCUCUCCUACGUGGGUGGCCGAUCCGCGACUGUUGGUAUCGGCGGGUUCACGCUCGGCGGGGGAACGUCGCCCUUCUCGAGUCGGUACGGAUGGGCUUUGGAUAAUGUCUACCAGUACGAGGUCGUCCUCGCCAACGGCACAAUCACAACAGCCUCAGAAACUCACAACCCGGACCUCUACUUCGCCCUCCGCGGCGGCAGCAACAACUUCGCCAUCGUCACAACCUUCACCGUCCGCGUCUUUCCCCAAGACACCGUCUCCAGCCAGCGCGCAACUUACACCUCGUCAAACCAGACCGAGAGCGCCCUCGACGCCAUCUACGACCUCUUCACGAACCCCCAACUCACCGCCGACAUGGACAUGGCCUACGACUUUUAUUACAUGUACAACCAGGCCUCAGGGGCCUUCUCGCUCAUGGGUUCAGAGUGGUACGCGAACCCGGCGGUCGCGGAGCCGGAGGUCUUCCGGGCUAUUCGUGAUGUCCCCUCGACGACGAGGACCGCCAGGUUGGGGUCCAUGGCGAAUCUGACUGGAACAUUACAGCCGCCUGUCCUAGGUACCACGCGCCACCUCUUCGGCACAAUAAGCACUCUCCCCUCUCGAGCCCUCCUCACCCAGGCCUUCGCAAUCUUCAGAGAAGAAGUCUCAGCAAUCUCCAGCGUCGAGGGUCUGGCGCCGAACCUCAUCUGCUACCCUCUCUCGACAACCGCCAUCCAGGCAAUGAAGCAGCGCGGCGGCAACGCGCUCGGCAUCGAUCAAGAUGGGCCCCUUUACAUCUUCCUUGUUUCAACGGCCUGGUCCAACGCACAAGACGACGUCGCCGUGGAACAGAUGACCGCAAACGUCCUCUCCCGCAUGGAAACCUACGCCCAAGAGUCUGAGAUCGCGCACCCUUACCUGUACAUCAACUACGCGUCCGCAGCGCAGACGGAUAAGGUUUUUGCCGGGUACGGCGAGGAGAAUGUGCGUCGUCUCAAGGCUAUCGCUCGCGAAGUCGAUCCGGAAGGCGUCUUCUCAUCCGAGGGUCUCUGGCGUGGGUUUGUCAAGUUGCUGUGAGACAAAGCUCGCCUAUCGAGACGUUGGUUUAGGCUGCCGCGGGGGUAAUGUUUCUUGUAGAUAUCUACACAUCGUUAGCAGAUCUAGUUUUGCACCCGUAUUAAGUAGUCUUCUUCCAUGCCCCUGAAGCCAUUUCUUGAUAGAGAACUCAGAGAUCUGGUAAAUAUACAACUUCCCAAGUCAGAAGAGCUGCCUGUGGGCUUCUCAUCACCGUUCUUAACGUCUCGCACAUCCUGGAGGCAAGGCAGGCAGAUGUACCUCAUCCAAGACAGCCCACAAGCUACUUAGUCAACCUAUUGGGCGUGUCUGCCAUCGCACACGUCACCUUCACCUAGGAGGAACGGUGGCGUGAUCUUGCGUCACAGUACGCGGCUGUCCCGACGUUGACAACUCUUAA